AUGAGGAUCUCUCGCCGGCCGUCCUCCCCUGCUGCUCCCCAGCCGCCCCCGCUAUCAGCCGUCAGUGCAUUGCCGGCUGCUGCGGCAUCCCCCGUGGCAGCUUCGGGAGCAUCUGUGACUGUCAAGGGUGAGUCAAGACUUAGUCAGCCGCACCAAUCAAUCAGCCAGGGAGCAAUAGCCAGGGAGGGGAUGACAAGGCAAGGCAGAGGUCUGAGUGAGUCAGACGUCGACGCAUGCACGUGUGCGAAUGAAUGGAACCAACCGUCGAUUGUGCUUGUGGGUGUCAUGCAUGUCAGGCCUUUAUGCCCUACUGCAGGUGAGGUGCGUGUCCGAGUCCCCCCUGAGCGUGUCAGAACAACGAAUGAUUGGCUUGUCAGUCAUCCGUGUGUCCGUGUGUGUGGCAGGUCAUCUCAGGAGGCGCCUUGGCUUCGAUGGCCGACGCAGGCGGCCUGCUCUCGCCGGACGACACCAAGUACUCUGUGCCCUUGAGCAAUCAGACAUCAAGCAAACAGGGGGACUCACACACUCCUUACCUGUGAUUGUGUUGUGUAUUCAGAGCUCUUUCAAGGCUGUUCUACAACGUGUUUCAGCCAUGCCUGCUGUUCGUGGCCCUUGCGGAGAGCCUGGCACAAGUGAGGAUGGAUGGGCACAGACAGGACAGACACCACGCCCAGCCUACCUGCUUGCGCUCCUAUGUGUGUUGUGUUGUGUGCAGGGUGGCAUGCCUGUGCGUCUGCUGUUGGUCCUGCCCCUGAUGGCCCUCAUCCACAUCAUGUUCGGCUUCAUUGCCGCAUUCACCACGGGAAGACUCACUGGGUGAAUGCGGGGGAGGGAGCCGGGGAGGCAGGCAGGAAAGAAGGAAUGGAUGGCGUUCGGGUGGAUGCGUGGUGUGUUUGUUGGAAAUGCAGUUUGUCAAUGGGCGGCCGGGCUCAGAAGGAGCUCAACAUCCUCACAGGUCAGUCAGUCAGAUACAUACAGGUGGAUUGACGGGAAAUAAAGUGUGAGUCGUAGCUGACUGCGAUUGAAUCAAGUCCCCUCCGGGUCCGUCCUAACUGUACGUGCAGGCAUCGGGAACGCAGCAACGAUCCCGUUUUUAUUUAUCGAUGCGCUUUUCAGAGGCAGCAACAGCCCCUUACUCUCCCCAGCCCUCGCUGCUGCGGCCGUCUACCUUCUCACCUGGAACCCCAUUCUGUGGAGCGUUGGCAACGCCAUCCUCUGCGAUGCAUUCCCCGACCACACACACGACGGGCAGGGCGGUGAGGCAACAGCGGGCAUCGGCGACCUGGCGAGGUCGGCUUUUCUUUCCCCACCUGUCAUCGCCAGCGCCGCCGGGCUAGCCGCUGGCAGCAUCGCACCCGUCAGGGCUGCCCUUAUCGGGGCAAAUGCCCCGCUACGGUUCAUAUUCAGCUCCCUUCGUUCUAUCGGCGGCGCGGCGUUGCCGGCAGCCGUCAUAGUCCUGGGCGGCGCUCUUAGCCGGGCGCUACGGGAGGGCGAGGAGAAAAUCACACUAAGCAAUGUCCUACAGGUAAGUGAGUGAGCAUCAAGACAGACACGCGGGCGGGUAUCCUUGUUGGCUGAUUGGUUGAUUUGAACACAUAAACAGGCCCUUCGUGUGAUUUUUUCGAGGUUUGUUAUUGUCCCUGUGUGUGCAUUGGGCGCUCUUCGUGGAUUCGAGAGGCUGGGGCUGCUCACUGCUCAGGACUCCAUGGCGAGGAUGAUAGUUCUCAUGACAGGGUGGGUGAGUACAUGUCUGCCUGUCUACCUGGCCGGCCAUGCACACAAGUGUCAGGCAUGUUGUGUGAUAUUUUGUCGUGUGUUGUGUUGUGUCUUGUGUUUAGGUGUGCGAUGCCGUCGCCCAUCAUCUACGUGGCGAUGUUGAGGAUCGCCGGUCAGGCCAAGGGCGCAGGAAGGGCGGCCAAGAUGCUCGCAGUAAGUGAGCAGACACACAUGCACAACAGUGAUGUUACAUAGGCAGGCAGGCAGGCAGGCAAGGCAGAGGGAAGGGACCGAGGAGAGCGGGUAGGUGCCAGUAGAGUGCGUGCAGUGUCUGCAGUCUGUCGGCGGGGGUCUGGUCUGUCUUGCAAGUACAUGCAUAUCAUGUGUAUGUAUGUAUGUACAGUGGACAUGAGGACCAGUACUUACAAAGAUGGAGGGGUGUGUCUGUAUGGCUGUAUAUGUUGUGUGCAGGUGCAGUACAUGAUGGCGCUGGUGCCCAUGGCUUUGUCGCUGUCCUGGGUUCUCAGGGCAAGCGGCAUAGCGAUUUGA